AUAGCGGCUUUUCCGGUCCCAGCAGCCGUCCCUCCUCUCAGCACUCCGGCAGCUCCAGUCGGACCUCCCCGGUGCGGAGAGCCGCCUCCGUCCCGAACAGCAACAGACGCCGCCGAACACGACCGGACCCGGUCUGCGCGGACCUUUUCAAGAAUCUGUGGGAUUUUGUUUAAACUUUUAGAACAGUUUUCCCAUUAAAACCGGUUCAGUUUUUUUGGACUGUGUGUUGUGAGGUGGAGCUCAUCAGUUUAGCGGCAGACUGUCCCGCUUCCACACUAAACAGAUGGAGAGAGGCGGACCAGGAUGUGACUCCAGGUGAGAGGACAAAGCAAGUCUGCAGCUCAACAGCACACGAAUGAGUUUUUGCCAUGCUACAUGGGAAGGCUUUGCACUCCUCCCAGGUCUUCCUCCUGAUUCUCGCCGCCUCCUGCCUGGCUAACUGUCACUCGUACCCUCGCUUUUCUCGCAAUGAUACUGAAUUCCAGCACCUGGUGCUUCACCCAGAUCCCCUUGUGGAGCGGGUGUAUAUCGGGGCCAAAGACCACCUUUUCCAGCUGGACGGAUCUGGUGGACUUCAGCUGGAGCAGGAGGAGACCACGGGUCCAGUGAGCGACAGCAAAGAAUGCCUUCCUCCGGUCACGCAGCUCAACUGUCCUCAGGCCAGCAGAACCAGCAACCACAACAAACUGCUGCUGGUGGAUCCCAAGGCGCAGGAGCUGAUCACCUGUGGCAGCGUCCAUCAGGGAACCUGCCAGAAACGGAGCCUGGCCUCCAUCCGGGAGGUGCUGUUCUCCACAGAGCGGCCUGUGGACACCCAGUACGUCGCCGCCAAUGAUCCGUCAGUGUCCACAGUGGGACUGGUGGUGGAGCUUGAGGGCGGAGGCAGGACCGUGAUGUACGUUGGUCGUGGCUACACCUCCAGCCAUCCGCCCAUCUCCACCCGCCACCUUUCAUCAGAACCCAUCUUUUCCUACGAGGACACGGCGAAGCUGGCUGUUGCUGGGCGUCUGUCAGAAUACGACCAUCACUUUGUGACAGCGUUCACCCGCCGCUCAUAUGUCUACUUCCUAUUUUACCGCCGUGACAUCAAGUCCGUCUCAAGGGAGUACCGAACCUACGCAGCGCGGGCGUGCCUGGAGGACUCCUCCUACUACUCCUACGUGGAAAUUCCUCUGGUGUGCAGAUCUUCAUCCUUCCCUUCCAGGAAUUACAACCUGCUUCAGGCAGCCCAGGUGGGGCAAAGUGGAAGCCUGCAAGGAGAAGACCUCCUGGGAGUCUUCUCUACCCGCAGCAGCUCCACAAACGGCGGCUUGGAAUCAUCGGCUUUGUGCAUUUUCCCUCUGGAAGAGCUCGACAGACACAUCGACUCCACCAGGGACCUCUGCUACACCCAAGACGGGCGGGUGGAGGGUCGAGGGGAAGUGGCUUACAUCGAGUAUGAGGUCAAGUCCAGCUGUGCCAACCUGCCUCCGAACACCUUGAAGGCGUACCCAUGUGGGUCUGACCACACCCCAAGCCCCAUGGCAAGCCGGGCGCCUCUGGAAGUGAGAGCCUCGUGGCACACCUCGGCCGCCCGUCUGACUGCGGUGGCCGUCAGCGUUUCAGAGGGACACAGCAUCGCCUUCCUGGGAGACUCCAAAGGAAACCUCCAUAAGGUGUACCUCGGAAAGGACGGUUUGGUGGAGGUUUACGAGCACACCACUGUACAUCCCAACUCCCCCAUCAGCAGUGACCUUCUACUGGACCAGAACGGAUCCCACAUUUACAUCAUGACCAAAAGUGCAUUGGAGAAGCGUCCGGUUGCUGAGUGUGGCGAUCACCUGGACUGUCAGUCCUGCCUAUCCGCCAGGGACCCGUACUGUGGGUGGUGUGUUCUGGAGGGGCGGUGUGGCCAGCGAUGGGAGUGCCAGCGAGGAUCGGUGCACGGCCAGUGGUUGUGGAGUUUCAACCAGACGCAGCAGUGCCUCAGCAUCCAGCACCUCAACUUGUACAACAUCAGCCUGGGGGAGAAAGUCGACGUGGCGGUCUCUGUCGACGGCCUCCCUAGCCUCAAACAAGGAGAAGCCUACUCCUGCUUCUUCCAGGACACAGAGACUCCUGCUCUGCUCACAACCUCCGGCGUCAUUUGUUCGACUCCAGAUGCAAGCAGUCUGCCCCCGAUCGGCCCAGGAGACGACUUUGUGAUGGUGACCCUGUCGCUGCGAUUCAUCAACGUGACCGUCGCAGAAACGGAGUUCACCUUCUUCAACUGCAGCUUGGUCCAGGAGCUGUCGGGACGCAGACCAUGUCACGGAUGCGUCAGCAGCCGAUGGGGCUGCAACUGGUGCAUCCACGAGCACGUCUGCACGCACGAGCGCAGCUGCAGCCGCGGAGUCACCGUCUACAACAGACACUUUAAAACCCAAACACCCACCAUCCCUCCACCCUCCACUAAAGCUGCUCCAUCACCUCCUGCUGUUCUGAUGGCUCCAACAGCAACACCAGGAGGCGCUAUGACAACAACCCCACCCCCCACUGAGACCCCUGCCCCUACCCCUGCUGCCACCACAAACACACCACCCCUCCCAUCUAAGGAGGAGUCCUCCACCUCCUACAGCUCCUCCAGAACCUCCUCUUGUGUCAGGACCUCCACCCAGACCAGCACCCUGCUCAGUGAUGUCAUCACCACCUCCGCUGAGGUUUCUGAUGCUGAGGGAGCAACUAAAGGAGCUGGCGGCUCCUCAGAGGAACAAGAACCAAACAUCUCAACUGUGACAGAUGAGACUCGCCGCACUACAUUACCCAGCAGCACUAGCACCCUCCAAGAUGUGCUCUCUUCUUCUACCAUAAGCUCAACCACUGCCAGUGAAGCAGCUCCCACGACUCUCCCAUCAAACCCUCCAGACGAGGAGGCUGCUCCUCUCUCCUCCCAGCAGGAGGACACCUCCCCUCCGUGGUCGAACGGACGGCAGGAGACGGAAGGACCGGCCGAGGAGGAGACGGCUCCAUCUGUUGAGCAUUCUCUGGUCUUCACAGCAUCACCUGAAACAGAGUCCUUCCUCCCCCCAGAACCUGCAGUAAACCUGCAGGCGGACUCUCCCUCUGAGCUCUUUGUUCUGGAAUGCCCGUGUGUGGAGAAGCUCCAGGACUCUUCUCUGCUCCCCGUCAACGUGGAGAGGAAGAUCAGGCUGGUGGGCCAACACCUCAACCUUUUCCAGGACGACAGUAUGGACUAUGAGUGUGUGUUGGACAUUGAGAACCAGUCGGUGGUGGUGGAGGCCUCGGUGGAGCAGGAUGUCGCCCAACCGUCCAUCUUCAUCAUCACCUGUCUUCCUCACCAGUAUGAUUACUUCCUCUCCACUGAGGAAUACCCGGCCACGAUCAACAUCAGGAGGAAGAACAACUUCCUCAUCGACAGCGCAGAGGAUCUCUAUGUAACUCUCUUCAACUGCUCGGUGGGACGGUCCGACUGCAGCCGAUGUCGCACCGCAGACUCCAAGUACGGCUGCGUUUGGUGCGGCGGCGCCGGAAGCUCUCGCUGCGUGUUCCAGGACUCCUGCACGGAUGAGAUCAAACACAGCUGUCCUGCUCCGGUCAUUCACUUUCUGGACCCUAUUUCUGGCCCCGUGGAGGGGGGCACGGUGGUGACAAUCUCAGGCUCGAACCUCGGCCAGAGAGCCGAGGACGUCCAGAGUUCGGUGACCGUAGCCGGAGUGCCGUGCAACGUCAUCUUCAGCAGAUACGAAGUCUCUUCAAGGAUAGUGUGUGAAACGUCCAGCAGCGAGAAGGAGAGGAGCGGCCACGCCUCUGUGGGUGUGAGGGGAGGAGGACUGGGACUGUCCACGCAGAUGUUCAGCUUCCAGGACCCCGUGCUCAGCAGUAUUAAGCCCGAGAGGGGGCCAAAGGCGGGGGGGUCAUCUCUCACUAUCAAUGGUCGCAGUCUGCGGACCGGACACCCCAGUGAAGUCAGCGUCCUCAUUGGGGGAGUGCCCUGUCUGGUGCUCGACAUCCAAGACACCCUCAUCAACUGCCUGACCAGAGGCAGCAACAGGACCGGGAUGCACAACAUCACCGUGCGCUUCGGAGGAGCAGAGCGCCAUCUUCAGGGCGACAUGUACCGUUACACCGCCAACCCCAACAUCACCGAGGCCAAACCGUCCAGGAGCUUCCUCAGAGGCGGCAGAAUCAUCCGCGUUUCUGGUCAGAACCUGGAUGUGGUCCAGGAGCCAAAAAUGAGGGUCACCCUCAGCCCACCAGAUGCUCUUCCUCCCAGAAGGAGGAGGAGGAGCGACAUCAGGAGGACCGUCAGGAGGCAUGAGGAGCGGAGUCUACUGAGGAGAUGGAGGCGGAUCGUCCCGGAGGCCAGCUGCCCCGAGGGGGCGCUCUGUCACGUCAAACAGUACGAAUCUCUCUGCACGGUGAACAGCUCCUCCCUCAUCCUGUGUCCGACUCCGGCUGAGGAAGAGCAAACAGGCCAUGAGAGACUACAAGAAGGUGCAGAUCCAGCUGGAGAACCUGGAGACCAGCGUCAGGGACCGCUGCAAGAAGGAGUUCACAGACCUGAUGACGGAGAUGAUGGACAUGUCCAGCGACUUGGUCGGCUCAGGGAUUCCCUUCCUGGACUACCGAGCGUACGCAGAGCGCAUUUUCUUCCCGGGCCACCAGGAGUCGCCACUGAGACGAGAUCUAGACAUCCCAGAGAGCCGGCGGCAGACCGUGGAGCAGGGCCUGGUGCAGCUCUCCAACCUGCUCAACAGCAAGCUCUUCCUCAUCAAGUUUAUUCACACUCUGGAGGCCCAGCGCACCUUCUCGCCGCGGGACCGGGCCUACGUGGCAUCACUGCUCACGGUGGCCCUGCACGGCAAGCUGGAGUACUUCACAGACAUCCUGAAGACGCUGCUGAACGAUCUGGUGGAGCAAUAUGUGGCCAAGAACCCGAAGCUGAUGCUGAGGAGGACUGAGUCUGUGGUGGAGAAGCUUUUGACCAACUGGAUGUCCAUCUGUCUCUACACAUUUCUGAGGGAGUCGGCGGGGGAGUCCUUCUACAUGCUGUUCAGAGCCAUAAAGCACCAGGUGGACAAAGGACCAGUCGACGCGGUGACGGGAAAAGCCAAGUACACGCUCAACGACAACCGGCUGCUCCGAGAAGACGUGGAGUACCGCACGCUGACGUUAAAUGUUGUGAUGCCAGCGGCAGAUGCCAGCGGAGGCUCCACCGCUCAGACGGUUCCCGCUAAAGUCCUGGACUGUGACACCAUCACCCAAGUGAAGGAGAAGGUCCUGGAGCAGACCUGGAAGGGAACGUCUUUCUCUCAGAGGCCGCACAUCGACUCGUUGAACCUCGAGUGGCGGGCGGGGGUCGCAGGUCACCUGAUCCUGUCAGACGAAGACCUGACGUCUGUGCUGCAAGGCUCCUGGAAGCGCCUCAACACGCUGCAGCACUACAAGGUCCCUGAUGGAGCCACGGUGGCCCUGGUCUCCAGGAACAGCAAACAUCUCCUCCAUGACAGCCACGAUUACAUGCCUGGAGAAAAGACCCCCAUGCUGGACGACGGGGAGGAAGGCGGCGUGCGUCUGUGGCAUCUGGUGAAAGCCAGCGAGGAGCCCGAGAUGCACAAACACAGGAGAGGCAGCAUGAGGGAGCGAGGCGGGGAGAGGGCCAAGGCCAUCCCCGAGAUCUACCUGACCCGCCUGCUCUCCAUGAAGGGAACGCUGCAGAAGUUCGUGGAUGAUUUGUUCACUGCCAUCCUCAGCACCAGUCGUCCUGUGCCGCUGGCCGUCAAAUACUUUUUUGACCUGCUGGACGAGCAGGCUCAGCAGCACAGCAUCCCCGACCCAGAGACCAUUCACAUCUGGAAGACCAACAGUUUACCUCUGCGGUUCUGGAUCAACAUCCUGAAGAACCCUCAGUUCAUCUUUGACGUGCAGACGUCGGACCACGUGGACGCGGUCCUGUCUGUCAUUGCGCAGACCUUCAUGGACUCCUGCACCAUCGCCGACCACAAGCUGGGCCGGGAUUCUCCCAUCAACAAGUUGCUGUACGCCAGAGACAUCCCACGCUACAAACAGAUGGUGGAGAGGUACUACACCGACAUCCGUCAGACCAUCUCUGCCAGCGAUCAGGAGAUGAACUCGGCUCUGGCAGAGCUCUCUCGGAAUUAUGCACCAGAGGUCAACUGUCUUGUGGCGUUACACGAACUCUACAAGUACAUCAACAAAUACUACGAUCAGAUCAUCACGGCUCUGGAGGAGGACUGCACGGCUCAGAAGAUGCAGCUGGGUUACAGGCUGCAGCAGAUCGCCGCUGCUGUGGAAAACAAGGUGACCGACCUAUGACCCUCAGAGCUCCGC